UUUCUACUCAGUGUUAGAAGUCGGCCUCGAGGGCUCGAGGGUCUUCUUAGCCUGACAGUACAUCUAGGAGUCCAGGCCUCGGAGUCCGACAGACCCGUGGCUCUGGUCCUGGGUCAGUUAUUUAAGUUCUGGGAGCCGCCUCCCGGGUUAUAAAAGGCCGGGACUGGAGCACCAGCCUCAUAGGCUUGUGGCGAAGAUGGAGUGAGCGGCGGCCAAGUGCCGGGACAUGGAGCGCCCAGUGAGUGAGGAUCACUACCGCGCUGGAAUUUGAAAAGAUCCCCCUGUUUAUGAAGAAAGCACCGUCAAAAAUUGAUCCCAAGGAGAAUCCUGACCUGGCUUGCCUCCAGUCAAUUAUUUUUGAUGACGAGCGACCUCCAGAAGAACAAGCCAAGACCUAUAAAGAUGAGGGCAAUGAAUACUUUAAAGAAAAAGACUAUGAAAAAGCUGUGAUUUCGUAUACUGAAGGCUUAAAGAAAAAAUGUGCAGACCCUGAUUUGAAUGUUGUUCUUUAUACCAACCGGGCAGCAGCACAGUACUAUCUGGGCAAUUUUCGUUCUGCUCUCAAUGAUGUGACGGCUGCCAGAAAGCUAAAACCCUGUCACCUCAAAGCAAUAGUAAGAGGUGCCUUAUGCCAUCUGGAACUGAAAAACUUUGCUGAGGCUGUGAACUGGUGUGAUGAGGGGCUGCAGAUAGAUGCCAAAGAGAAGAAGCUUCUGGAAAUGAGGAUUAAAGCAGACAGACUAAAGCGGACUGAACAGAGGGAUAUAAGGAAAGCAAAGCUGAAAGAGAAGAAGGAGCAGAAUCAGAAUGAGGCUUUACUCCAGGCCAUCAAGGCUAGGAACAUCAGGCUAGUCUCUGAAGCUGCCAGUGAGGAUGAAGAUUCUGCCUCAGAAGGUCUAAGUACACUCCUGGAUGGGCUCAGCUUUGAGAACCCCUACGGCACCAGGCUGAGUAUAGAUGACCAGGGCAGACUGAGCUGGCCUGUGCUCUUUCUGUACCCGGAGUAUGCCCAGUCGGACUUCAUCUCUGCUUUUCAUGAGGACUCCAGGUUUAUUGAUCAUCUAAUCGUGAUGUUUGGUGAAACACCCUCUUGGGACUUAGAGCAAAAAUACUGCCCUGAUAAUUUAGAGGUCUACUUUGAAGAUGAGGACAAGGCAGAACUGUACCGGGUGCCUCCUAAGAGCACCUUGCUGCAGGUGCUACAGCACCCCAGGUACUUUGUAAAAACCCUGACACCAGCAUUUUUGGUCUGUGUGGAAUCCUCUCCUUUUUGUAGAAAUUAUCUUCGGGGGAGAAAGGUGCACCAGGUAAAGUGACUGAGCCAGGCGGCAGAGCCAGGCCACCUGGAUCUCCUCCCAGACCCGCCUCUGCCUGGAAUACAGCAUACUUGAAUCAGCUGGACAUACUCCUAGAAUCCAACACUUUUUUGGCACCCUGGAGACAGUCCUUCCUCACAUUGUGGGUGGGGAAGAGCUGCUGAGUUCCUUGAGCUGCAGCCGCUCUGACCAAAGUGCUGAGCCUCAGCUAGUCUUCAUUCUCCUCUGUUGAUACAAAACUCUCUGCCUUGGUCAAGGCAUCCUUAAGGACUCUGAGCUGUGCUAACUACCAGCCUCCCUCUCUGACGGGGCCAUGUGUUGCGGUUACCACAGCAACUGACCCACGGAACUCACUGAACUGACUCAGGAUCUGGUGACCUGGUUCUGAACCGUUGUGGAGUUAGAGGCUUUGGAGAAGCUACCCCUCAAACUGCAUAUAUACAAACCAUGCAUGUAAUUUAAGGCACUAAAGCUGAGACUGAC